AUGAAGUGUGUCGGCCUAUUAUGUUGCUUAGUAACUUUAGCGAUUUCCAUGACUUAUUCGAAGCCUUACCAUGGCUCAUACAACCCUGGUAAACGUUGCGCUAACAUGUGGGAUGAUGGAUGUAUAAACAACCAGCUGCCUGGUGCAGGCGGCGAUGACGACUACCUUAACGGCGGCUUCAAUCCUGGCAAACGUUGCGUUAACAUGUGGGAUGACGGAUGUAUAAAUACCCAGUUGCCUGGUGCAGGUGGCGAUGAUGAUUACCUUAACGGCGGCUUCAAUCCAGGCAAACGUUGCGCUAACAUGUGGGAUGACGGAUGUAUAAACAACCAAUUGCCUGGCGCAGGUGGCGAUGAUUCUUAUUUGAAUGGCGGAUUCAACCCCGGUAAGAGAUCACUGGAAGAGAUUUUGGCAAAAAUACAAAGAGCACAUGCGAGGAAACAUUAAAAGCACUGACAAUAAAACAUUUUCCAUUGCAAGUUCAUUUAUUUUCUGUUGCUUUUUAUUACUUAUAACUAAAUGAAAUAAUGACGUUAGUACACCUGUGAAGUGCGUAUUAUUAUUAGAAAAUAAAAAAAAGGUAAUUUUCCUUUACAAUUUUUUUAAGUUUCUUUGUAUUAUUUACAACUGAAUGAAAUAAUAACGCUAGUACAUCU